AUGAGAAACAAGACAUCGCCUGUCCCUCUCCCGUCUUUACUGUGGAUCCGUCCAUACCCAUUCCCAGGAGUCCUAAGAGCCGCAAAUAAUGGUUCCCUUCUCUCCCGUUCCCCGCUUCCUUUCGGGUGGAAGGUUGGGGCUGGCACGGCAGGCUCGGUGAUGUUACCCAGUCGUCUUUCGCUCCCCGAAACACCACCCGCUGAUGGGGCACGGCUCACAGUUGAUACGGAGAGAAGAGGCGGAUGCAGCUUGUCCGAGUCAACACGCAAUAGGAAGCUGCUGGCUCGGAGGUGGCUUAAGUCUAGAGUCCCCCCUGCCUACACGUGGUGUCUGGGGUCUGAUGAAAAUCUCUUUGAGUCUUGA